AUGAGUCCCCCUCUUCCUGUCGCCCCCAGCGUCUCUAUUGAGAUCCCACAGAACUUUGCCUUUGGGCCGACUGUCCUUGACCCCAUCGAGCAACCCGUCGAAGACGGCACCAACGGUACCCAUGGUGACAGCAAGGAGCAUCCUUCUCACCUCGUCACUGGCGCUGCAGCCGUGCCAGUGACAUCGUUGGAUGUUUUGGCCAACUUUAAAGGAACCUUUCGAGGAUUUGGCUUCAACACCAUCUUUCGGCCCGACAACAAGAUCACACCAACCCAUUUCCCUGUGAAACCGACUGAUACCAACGAUGACAAUGUGUUGCAACUCAAUCUCACAAGUGAGACCAUGACGUUUGGAAAUGAACUUGGCAACGUUCCGAACCGUGGUUUGGGAGAGCAGGCGGACAUCAUGCUCAAUGGUGUUCCAUACACGCAGACCAUUCUUGACGCUAUGCCCUCGGAUGUCCUCUCACCUUGCAAGCCGCCCGUCAUUCAUUUCGAACCUGGCUUGUGGAUGCGUGUUCCUGAGGUCGCUACCAUGCCUGAUCUAGCCGCCUCCUUCAACAGAAUGGCAUCCAUCCCUCAUGGAACUACCAUCAACGCCCAGUGUUUCGGACCAGCCGUGACUCACAAGGGGCCACCUGUGAUUCCUUCUGUGGGUAUAACCCCAGUUUUUCUUCCUACUGGAAAAGAGACACCCUUUGCCAGUCAGACCGCUUCAGAUAAAGCGUCUCGUCGCCUCCCCCAGGACCUCACUCCCUUCGAGAAAGAUGGAACCAUCACUCAGGAGAUCCUUAACGACCCAAACACUGUUUUGAGAAAUGCAAACAAGGGAAAGCAUAUUGUGGAACAUACGACCUUCACUGUCACCACCGCUUCUCAACCUCCUAACCUCGGCGGAGGGACCAGCAACAUUGGCUUCAACAUCGGCGCCGACGAUGGAGCUGUGUUUCCUGCAACUCCCAAGGAGAGAAGUGGAAAUGCGAACGCGACCAAGAUGACUGCUCAGUACUGGAUCUCCAAGGUGCGAGCAGAGAUCCGUCUUCUUCCGUGCAUGGAAAAGGGCGAUGUGGUCUCUCCCGUUUCCCACGGUCCCAGGGAUGCUGUUCCCCAGUUCGUCAUAGACCGACAUCAUGUCGUCACGGCGCCCAAGACUAUCACAGUCGAGUACACGCAGAUUCAGUACUCGCAGUUUGUGGCUCUUGACUUUAAUGGUCUUGGCUGGCCGCACGUCAGUGUCGCUACCCUCGCACCAACCAAGCACUUCAACGGCCCCAAGCUCAAGCACGUUGUCGUGGGGAAAAAGACUCACUAA